AGAAGGUUAAAGCCGCUGCCCUCUGGAGUGUAGACGCUCCCGAGUCUCAGAUAAUUAUUUUCUAAACCCUAUCUAACGAAAAUAAGCAUGUCGCCAGCUCCUGUGGUUGAAGCCGCUCAGCCUCAGACUGAGCAGGUUCCUUCUAUUGAGGAACCCAAGAAGCAGCCUCAGAGCGAGGAGGAGGCUGUGGUUGAGGACGUCAAGGAAGAUGAGAAAGAAGAUGACGAGGACGAUGAGGAUGAGGAUGAUGAUGAGGAUGAUGAUAAGGAAGAUGGUGCCCAAGGUGCUAAUGGAAGUUCAAAACAAAGCAGAAGUGAAAAGAAGAGUCGGAAGGCGAUGUUGAAGCUGGGCAUGAAACCUGUUAGUGGUGUAAGCAGGGUCACCAUAAAGAGAACCAAGAAUGUACUAUUUUUCAUCUCAAAACCUGAUGUCUUCAAGAGCCCAAAUUCUGAGACCUAUGUCAUUUUUGGUGAGGCUAAGAUAGAGGAUUUGAGCUCUCAGCUACAGACACAAGCUGCCCAGCAGUUCAGGAUGCCAGACAUGGGAUCUAUGAUGGCAAAGUCAGACACCUCUGCUGCAGCUGCUGGAGCACCAGCUGAUGAGGAAGAGGAAGAAAUUGAUGAGACUGGGGUAGAGCCUAGGGACAUUGACUUGGUCAUGACACAGGCUGGAGUAUCGAGGAGCAAAGCUGUCAAGGCUCUCAAAACUCACGGUGGGGACAUUGUUAGUGCUAUUAUGGAGCUUACCACUUAGGUGGUCACUGUUGCCUUAUCUUGCGCUCUCGCAUUCUGUCAAUGAGUUCUUGGAACUAUUAUCAACAUUAUAGUUGCUGCAGUUGAGCUAGCUUACCAUCUAUCGGGUGGCUAGAUUAUCCUUAUAUUUUUAUCAAAAUUUAGACAAUUUUCUCACAACUCAUUAUCAGCGUACCUGUGACUGAUUGCUGGAAUUUAUGCAACUUAUAGCAGUUCAGGAUACCCUUUUCUAUAGAAAUGGUUUUAUUGUAAAACUUUAGAGGAGCUCAAAAGCACCAAUAAUUCCGAAUUAGUCGAAAGAAUUUCAGGUGGUAAAA